AUGAAAAGUAAGAGGCCUUUGAGCUCUUUGUUCUUCAACUAUGGGAUUGCUACUUCUGCAGCACUAUGGAUACUUAUUGGAUCUAAUAGAAUCAACAAUUGUGAGGAACAAUUAAACCGGUCUGGCCGGAUCUACUUUAUCGAUACGAAAACAAACCCGAGGGAACCAUUUCUGCACAAAUUCGUGGACCCUGGUGAGAUUUCGGAGAAGACUGGAUUGGCUUAUCCGCAUCAACCUCAUUGCUUAGCUUCUGGAGACGUUCUUGUGUCUUGUCUUGGGGACGAAGAUGGAAACGCAGAAGGCAGUGGGUUUCUCUUACUUGAUUCCGAGUUUAAUAUCAAAGGAAGGUGGGAGAAGGAUGGAAACAGUCCUUUGUAUGGGUAUGACUUCUGUUGGCCCGAAGGAGAAUUGAAACAGAUACUUGACCUUGGUGAUACCGGACUUUUACCCUUAGAGGUAAGAUUCUUGCACGACCCGGAUAAAGCUACGGGAUUUGCGGGGUGCGCGUUGUCGAGUACUAUGGUAAGAUUUUUCAAGAACGAUGAUGAAACAUGGAGCCACGAGAAAUGCCAGGGCUUAUUGUCGGUGUCGGAUCCCGCAGUUCGGAUCCGGCCCGGAAAGAUAGUGGAUCAGUGA